GUCGUCACAGUGGUAACCCGGAUGUAGAGAAGCGGCUGUGGGAAAAUCCGAUCCGGCGAAGCAGCUCCUAAGGGGAUUGGUGGCCAGGUGGAAGAACUUGGCCAGCAACGGCUGGAUUUCCAUGCACAGAUGUCCCAAGAGCUUUGAUCAGGCAGGGGCAGUACAUUGAAGCCAGCGUCCUGCACAGAGAAAAGACCAUCUAGAGUAGAGAUCUGGGUGGGAAUAGCAGAGGUUGCAGCUUUAGGGAAGGGAAGACUGCUGCAUGUGUUUUUCAGUUUUGUAUUUUGUGUUUUUUUAUUUUGGUGAUUCGGAAGCUCCCAUUCACACUCCAAGCUGGCGAUGUCAAGAGUGUCGAGUCCCCCUCCUCCCGCGGAAAUGUCAAGCGGGCCUGUGGCGGAGAGCUGGUGUUACACGCAGAUUAAAGUGGUAAAGUUUUCCUACAUGUGGACCAUCAACAACUUCAGCUUCUGCAGGGAGGAGAUGGGGGAGGUCAUCAAGAGUUCAACGUUCUCGUCUGGAGCCAACGACAAGUUGAAAUGGUGUCUGCGAGUGAACCCCAAGGGGCUGGAUGAGGAGAGUAAAGACUACCUGUCUCUGUACCUUCUGCUCGUCAGCUGUCCCAAGAGCGAAGUGCGAGCCAAGUUCAAGUUCUCCAUUCUCAACGCCAAAGGGGAGGAGACCAAAGCCAUGGAGAGCCAGCGGGCAUACCGGUUUGUGCAAGGGAAGGACUGGGGCUUCAAGAAGUUCAUUCGAAGGGAUUUCCUUUUGGACGAGGCCAAUGGACUCCUGCCAGACGAUAAGCUCACCCUCUUCUGUGAGGUGAGCGUGGUGCAGGACUCAGUCAACAUCUCGGGACAGAACACCAUGAACAUGGUGAAGGUGCCAGAGUGCCGGCUGGCGGAUGAGCUAGGGGGAUUGUGGGAGAACUCUCGCUUCACAGACUGCUCCCUGUGCGUGGCAGGACAGGAGUUCCAGGCACACAAAGCAAUACUCGCAGCUCGUUCACCAGUCUUCAGUGCGAUGUUUGAGCAUGAAAUGGAGGAGAGUAAAAAGAACCGUGUUGAAAUAAACGACGUGGAGCCUGAGGUUUUUAAGGAGAUGAUGUGUUUUAUCUAUACGGGGAAGGCCCCCAACCUUGACAAGAUGGCAGAUGACCUGCUGGCAGCUGCGGACAAGUAUGCUCUGGAGCGUUUGAAAGUGAUGUGUGAGGACGCACUCUGCAAUAACCUGUCAGUGGAUAAUGCUGCAGAGAUUUUAAUCCUGGCCGAUCUUCACAGUGCAGACCAGCUGAAGACCCAAGCGGUGGACUUCAUUAACUACCAUGCGGCGGACGUGAUGGAGACGUCUGGCUGGAAGUCCAUGGUGGUGUCUCACCCUCACCUGGUGGCAGAAGCUUACCGCUCCCUGGCGUCAGCACAGUGCCCGUUCCUGGGCCCUCCCCGCAAGCGCCUGAAGCAGUCCUAAUGCUUGUCUACCCCCCCCCCCCACCCCAUCAAUCCUCUCCCUCCUCCUGCACCCCAUCUACCAGAUCCUCCUCACCAACCUGAACCCCCUUUCCGUGUGAGAACAGUUGUGAUUUCAUUCUUGUGAAUUUUAUCAGAAACAAAAAGGCAAGUCAGCACUGCCUGGAGCCAUUGGCCGCUGCCCAGUGCAGGGUCUGUGCAAGGUGCCUUUGCAGCGUGGAGAAAGACUUCACUGAGUGCAGAAAUCCACACAGAGACUUUUUAAAAAGCAGCACGAGCCGACGGGAGAGGGGGACCGGACCUGGAUUCUCAUAGUGACCCACUGCUUCCGAUAGUGUGUUUCCUUGUAGACGUCAGCUGUAUGGAACGCCCUGCUGUUUGUUUUUUAAACUAGAGUGGCAGAGGAUGAAGAUUAAGGAUAAAGACUGUUUUUAACAAGGAGAAAAGCAUUUAGAAAUAAUAAGUAUAAUAAUAAUAAUACAAAUCAACCAGAGGCUUUGAAGCAAAAACAAAAGCGUAGCGCUGUUUUAAACUUUGCACUACUUUUUCCUUUUUCUGAACUUGUCGCUUUUGUUGAUCACAAAAAAUAAAAUAAGCAAACAGCAAAUGGAUAGGCUAGGAUGCUGAAAUAACGAUUCCAAAAUGUAACUCAAUUUGUUUUUAGUUUUGUUUCCUUCGAAAAGCAGAAAAACUAAAGUGUAAAUUCAUUUUGUGACAUAUUUGUGUUGAGACUUUCCACAAGUAGUACUUGUGUAUUAAAUGGCCAUGGAAAAUAGUUUCAAAACUGAAAAGCAACAAUGAAAACAGCUCAGCCCAGACUAAAUUUUUUCAUUGUAUUAAUAUAACAAACACACAAUUAAGUCUGAUGUUUUUCCCUAGCAAUUUGUACAGAUUUUGAGAAAUAUUUUUUUUUUUGCUUUUAUCUCCAUUUAAAUUAAAAAAGGAUUUCUUUUUUUAUUUAAAGAAAAAAGAAUGAACAUGUUGUAUUGUUCAUGUUGUCCAAGCUAUUUCUGUAAGAAAAAAAGAAAGAAAAAAAAGCUGUUUCUAUGUUACUCAAUCAACUUUAAUAUUACAUCUUAAAGAAAGAUUUUUGUUUUCAGUGUGUGUGUGUGUGUGUGUGUGUGUGUAUAUAUAUAUAUAUAUAUAUAUAUGUAUGUAUGUAUGUGUGUGUGUGUGUGUGUGUGUGUGUGUAUAUAUAUAUAUAUAUAUAUAUAUAUAUAUAGUAUAAAAAUAUCAUCAUCAUCAUCUUCAGUCUUUUUCAGUCCACAGCUGGAUGAAGGCCUCCCCAAGAUUCUUCCACAAAAGCCUGUCUGCUGCGUCCCUCAUCCACGUUGCUCCGGCAUGUUUACUAAUUUCAUCUUUAUAUAUAUAUAUAUAUAUAUAUAUAUAUAUAUAUAUAUAUAUAUAUAUAUAUAGUUGCUGUUCAAAUGUGGAAUACAUUUAAAUAGUUGUAACAUUAUGUUUGUUUGUUUUUGAAGAUAUAAAUUACAACUAUUUUGUAUUGUAUUGCAUUUGUGUGUCUUGUGCUUUUUUUUUUUUUUUUUUUUUUUAAACAAA